AUGAAGAGAGAGGAAACCACGGGCCUGGGCUCUUGUGGUAAACAACCUUCGACUGGCGCACCAGAACACCUGCCUGAUCUAUUCGCUAUAACCAUGCAGAACGUCCCAGCAGAAUAUCAGGAAUCCAUAUCACAGUUACUAAAGGACUUCAGUGAUAUCUUUUUGAAGGGUUCGUUUGAUAUUGGGAGAACUGACUAUGUGCAGCAUAUCAUCAACACCGGAGAUACACCACCGUUCCGACAGGCACAUAGAAGAUAUCCAGCCCGGCAGAGAGAGAGAGAGGAUACUGAACGGCAAGUUCGGGAUUUGCUGCAACAUGGUUUGAUAGAACCUUCUUCUAGCCCAUGGGCAUCAAAUGUAGUGUUGGUAUCCAAGACGGAUGGAAGCAAGCUGUUUUGUGUUGACUACCGGUAA